AUGGACAGUGUUCCAGUUCGCGGGCUUGAUGAGUUCGACAGGCACCUUGAUGACCUGAUUCAAGAUCCAACAUUGGAGCUCAAUGCCAAACUAUUUGAUGACAUUGAGCUUCAAUUAACAGAGGCCAACAUCCCUCCGUUGAUCCCUCGGUUCCUUCCGCGUCUUACCACAAUCCUCAAGACCUACACCCGCGAGUUGACCAUUAUCACUAACAUAACUGGGAAGCUCAUCCGUCCAGUAUCCUUUGUCCAGGUUAUGCAGAUGGCUAGUCCCGAUGACCUGAUCCAAGCUCUUGAGUCUCCAUCCUCGCCUGCCAACGUGCUGGCAUUAGCUAUCCUCCAGAAAGCCUCAGCCAGCCCACAAGAGGUUACUAUGCUCAGUGCAUACGUCCCUCUAGUCAAGGCUCUCAUUCACCGGUGGCUAUCCUCUCCUCGGGUAGAAGUUGGCCAGGGGGCAAACAAAGUCCUUGGCGAUCUCCUUGAUGUCGACUGCCCGCUUCCUCCUCCCCCUCCACCACCGCCAACUGCACCAGGGGAGAACUCCCCUCCGAUCAUCUCCAGAAGAAAGGCUCCUGGUAAUGGCAGUUUGUGGAAACUGUUAUUCCAAGACAAAGAAAUCUACACAUACAUCCUCGAGCUCUGCUCCGGCCGCCAUCCAGAAACAGCUCAUCCGCGGCAGCUCUCUCUGGCACAAGGGAGACUCUUACGCCUUCUGCCCCGCCUAGCGGCACUUGAUUUCCGUGCCGUCAGCCACUCUCACAUCACCCCUCCUACACCAGUUCAUCUCACAAAUGGAAACCAACAAAACGGCGAUUCAAUGACCCCAGUUCCUCCCGUCCGAAACCCUCGUCCAGGAGACGGUCUGCUACAGUUUGCCGCCCUCUGCAUGGUUCAGAGGUCUGACCAGUUAAUGCAUCUCAAUUUGAUCGAUUUUUUCGAGGCGCUGGUUAGCCUAUUGCGAGUAACCGAGCACACACCGCUCAAAGUUGAGGUCAUGCGAUCAAUCUUGCGCGAAGCGACGGCUGGAGAUGAGAUGCUCAAAAAGGCACUCCUGAGCUUGCCGGAUAGAACCGUGGACGAGGAGGCAGAGGAUCUGAAGAAGUGGAUUGAGGAGAUCAUGCCGGGGGAGACAGUGAGAUUAGCCAUACGGUAG